AUGUCCAGUUCUGAGAAUGCGCACAUACACACAGUGCGGAUUCUUCCGAAGCCGCCGGUCGGUGGCGCUGGUGCGCCAGCCGCAAUUGCGCCAGCGCCUUCUUCAGCGCAAUCUGCGCCACUUCGAUCCGUGAAGCUUUAUAGAAACUUGUCGACAAUGUCGAAUAAGGGAUCCCAAGAAAUGAUUCUGUCAAACGGGUUAGCGCAGGCCGGCGCCGCGCAGGGUGGUGCCAAGAGCGCCAAGAGUGGGCGCACUGCGCAGAGGGGGAAGGCGCACCCCAAGGUGCGCAUCAACUCCAAUAUUCAUUCAAAUAUCAAUCUGUUUACCACAAACCGUGUGGAAAUGCAGGCGCAACUCAAGGCCGUGACCACAGAGAAUGGAAACCUCAAGCGUAUACUUACGAAACUACAUCGGGAGAUCAAUGAACUACAAGUGCGGAUCUCGAGCGCGCCGGCGCCUGGCGCAAGGAAGCCGCUGCCGCGCCGCGAGAAGAGUCCCGUUGCGGCCGCACUAGAAAGCAGCGCAGACCCCAGUGCCAACCGCAGCGUUGAUACCAUUAUUGCGCAGCAGGAGUCGGCGGUACAACUGGAUAGCGCCGACUUUUUCGGAUCUCCGCGCAACCCUGCGCAAGAUGCGGCGGCGGCGCUCGACACGCUGGCGCUCGACUACAACUUAGACGCGAAGCGCAUGAAACUCGGGAGAUGCAUUUCACCAAGUGAUACAGUUAACCCAGAGGUGGGCAGCAUUAAUAGGAUGAAUAGAGGAAAAAGUGACUCGGUUGUUCUUCAGGAGCCGCACAGCGGCAUAGGUAUUAGCCCAUUAGUGCCGGAAGCGAUGCGCGUUCCCGCAUUCCUGUCACCACGCGAUAUUCUGAUCAAUCCGGCGUCGCUUGAGCUGCCGACGGAUGCGCAGGAUGCUGGCGCUGCAAAGAAAGUGAAAAAGAAGGCCACGAAGAAGAAAGAUUUGGAGAAAUGUGAAACGUCCGCAAAAGCGGAUAGCGCCGGCGGGGCGGGCGCCAAGUUGCCGCGCCAGCGCAAGCGCCGCAAGCGCAAAACCAAAAAGGAAAAGAAGUUAGAGGAAGAGGCUGCGGUGGUGAAACCGGAGCCUGUGGAUUUAGAUUUGGCUACGCCGUCUACAGAGCGCAAGCCAUCGGUCGCUGUUGCGGCUGGGGCUGCGGCGGCGCCAGUGAAGCGCCGCAAGCGCGGGCGCCCGAGAAAGAAUGCGCCGAAGGCGCCGAAGGCGCCGAGCGCAGGUGGGCGCAAGGCCAAGCAGGCGAGUGCGCUCAAGAAGGCCUCCAAGUCGGUGGACCUAUCUUCCACAGACCUUUUCAAGCAGGCAAGUAUCACAGGUGUAAACUUUGACCCGGGCGAAUUUGGCGAAGUUGGCGACACCUCUUUGGCGCUGGACUCUCCUUCACCUUCUUCGUAUGAGCCGCUACCCGGCGCAUCUGUGAGCUAUUUUGACGUGCGGGACGCAAGCCCUGCAGAUUUCAUGCGGGGCGCGCUGAAUGCGGACGAGCUUGCGGAAACAAUAGAUCUGAACGAGGGCGCACCCGGCCUGGCGCCCGCCACUUUCCAGUUCGAGCCAGAGGACAAGGAAAAGAAUUUUCUGGGAAGCUCAGAGUCCGAUUUGGAAUUCGAUGGGAACACGAAUUUUCCUGCGAAUUGA